AUGGCCAAAGAAAAGUCCGCAAAGAAAUCGGCUGGUGCCAAGAAACUUUCCCCUUAUAAUAAGUUUAUGAAAACUGAACUUGCCAAAGUCAAGACUGAUAAUCCUACUCUAAAUCACAAAGAGGCUUUUAAAAUGGCCGCUCAACGUUGGAAAGAUUCGUAA